CUUUGGAGCUGGAAAAGACGUACUCGUUUCAAUUCCAUCAAUGCAAGCCAUUAAGUGUGUUGUUGUUGGUGACGGUGCCGUUGGUAAAACCUGUCUCUUGAUUUCUUAUACUACCAAUGCCUUCCCCGGAGAAUAUAUCCCUACAGUAUUUGAUAACUACUCCGCGAAUGUCAUGGUAGACGGAAAACCCAUCAAUUUGGGUUUGUGGGAUACGGCUGGUCAAGAAGAUUAUGAUCGACUCAGACCGCUGUCAUAUCCUCAGACGGAUGUUUUUUUGGUUUGCUUUUCUUUGGUCAGCCCUCCAUCUUAUGAGAACGUACGAACUAAGUGGUAUCCUGAAAUUAGCCACCACGCUCCAGGAAUACCGGCGAUUUUAGUUGGCACUAAGCUCGAUCUUCGCGAAGACACUAACACCAUUGAGAAGUUGCGAGAGAAGAGAAUGGCCCCCAUAACAUAUUCACAAGGCUUGCAGAUGGCAAAGGAUAUUGGUGCUGUCAAAUAUUUGGAAUGUUCGGCUCUCACCCAGAAAGGUCUCAAGAACGUUUUUGAUGAAGCUAUUCGUGCUGUUCUUUGUCCUGCUCCACCACGCAAGAAGCAAAAGAAGUGCAUGAUUCUUUAAAAUGGCUUCGUACACCAUCCGGUCUGCCGUA